UAUUUUAUGUACAUUUAACAAAUGCUGAGGUCACUUUGUUUACAGCUACGGCUCUGAGUUUUGUAUACAACAUACGGCCAAGUAGAGACAUGCCAUCGUCGUUGCCGUCGUAAAUAAUACAGCAAAUACAUCAGUAUCACAAUUUAUUGUGUUUAUUUCAUACGAUGAUAGAAUCAAAUUUUGCCGCUUUUUUAAGACUCGGAACUGUCGAUCGUCGCUCUUCUGUUCCGGAGGUACACAAAGAUGUUGUUAUGCUUCUGCAAGCACACUGAUGUCAGAUGAUUGAAGUGGUUUUGUGUCUAGUCUUCUGGUCGCUAUGAGAUAUCGGACCGUAGGUAGUAGGUACGGACACAUUGUUCAUUUCUCUAGUGGAUGAAUCGAUUGGAAUGUGUGCGUAUAAUACAGAUAGUCUAUGUGGACAACCAGUCAGGGUGUUCGCUCGUGUCCUCUGAGUCAGGUAGACGAAAACAGCAUGUUCAAUCAUCGUCUUCCUGUUGCUUUUACAGGCACUGACAGACGACCAGGAAACCCUUUAAAUGUACUAGUUGACAGAAGUGUCUAUAUUCAAGUGACACAAUGCCACGGGACAUCGAAUGUGCAAACGACGAUGUGUGUGUGUGUGUGUGCAGGGGGGAAUCCCCGUUCUAUAAAUAGACUUGUGGCCUGCAUACGCAAGUGCUCCGUGAAAUAAAAAUCAAUUUAGACUUAAUAAGACUUCAGACGUCACGAUGGAAAGGAGCGAGGACAAUGCUCGCACGCCGCUUUUAGGGAACAGUGGUUCAGGUGCCAACGGUGACACCCCCGGGACAGCAGUAUACACCCGUAGAUGGUAUAUGUUGAGCGUGUUUUGUGGGGUGUGUUUAGGUCAAGCUUUAAUUUGGAACACGUGGGGGCCAAUCACUCAGUCGGCCAAGGUUGUGUUUAAGUGGGAGGACAGUACUAUAGCGAUGCUGGCGAACUGGGGAAAUAUCGCUUAUAUAAUAGCGUGUUUCCCUGUGUGUUACUUAACAACGGUCAAAGGUCUACGGCGGUCCUUGUUAGGUUGCUGCUUGUUGAUGUUUUUGGGAACCGGAAUCCGCUGUAUCACUAGUCACCCCGACUACACGCUGUGGACAAUGAACGCGGGCGCAGUUCUUAACGGUGUAGCAGGGACGGUACCGUUUGCGGGUCCACCUCUUCUAGCCGCUUUGUGGUUCCCGCCUGAUCAGCGAGCCACCGCCACCGCCACAUCGAGUGUGUUUAACUAUGGCGGGGUAGCAGUCGCCUUCAUCUUUGGGCCACAGCUGGUGUCAUCCCCACACUACAGAUACGAAACAGACAACAGAACUGAACUCAGUCUGACGCUUACAACAGAGGCCACCAUUAAUAGAACUGUUCUCACAAACUUCGACACCCUGGAGAGCGAGAUUAUGCGAUUGAUGUACAUAGAGUGUGGAUAUGCGGGCCUACUGUUACUUCUGGUGCUGAUCUACUUCCCCGACAAGCCCGCCCUACCCCCCAGUACCACCGCCUCCAUGGAGAGGAUUGAGUACAAGAAAGCCCUAUUGAAGAUGAGCAAGAACGGUAACUUGUGGUUGAUCGCAUUAGCGUACGCAGUACCGGCCGGGGUUUACGGCGUGUACGGGUCUGUGUUUGACGUCAUCCUGAACCCUGUUGGAGUCGCCCAGUCGGAAGCUGGCUGGAUUGGCUUCUACUCCACCAUUGCAGGAUGUGCGUCUGGUCUCGUUAUAGCUAGGUUUGCAGAUAUGUUUAUGAAGCACAUGAAAGUGUUCCUUAUAGGUCUGUUCAUACUGGCGACAGGAUCGUUCGUAUGGCUAACUCUUCUCUGUAACCAAACCAUCCCAUUCAGUAUCGUCCAGCUGUACGCGUCAAGCAUCAUGGGUGGGAUGUUCCUAAAUGGCUGUAUACCACUGUUCUACGAGCUAGCGUGCGAAGCGUCCUACCCAGUGUCGGAGGGACUUGCCGGAGGGUUCAUGACCUGGCUGAACAAUCUGUUUGGAAUACUGUUCCUCCUGGCCCUGCUUAUUCCUGGUAUAGGUACGGCUUGGAUGAAUUUCUGCCUGGUCGGAAGUGUGGGUCUGGGUCUUUUAGUGUUAUUCGUAUUUCCGGAGAAGUACACGCGGACAGACAUUGAUAUUACGGUCACUGCGGAUGGGACUAUGGAUGUCCAAACGUCUGUACACCAAGUGACCACUACAUACACCUGAGGUCAAGGUCACCUUGGCAGGUCAUGACCAGUUAACAUUGACCUUAAACUCUCCACUCAUGUAGUAUUCAUUAUAAGGUGUGUAAAUGUUAUUUAUGUAAUUCUGAUUACCGUGGAAUGCUUGCAUUGCGUAAGGAAAACCUUUUUCUCUGUGCGAAACAAAUAUUUAUUUGCUAUCAUUAGGGAUUCAGACACACAUCUUUAUGCAGUGAUUAUUUACUGAAUAUAGUAUGACGAUUGAUGUGCAAAUAGUCUCCAAGGGAAUUUCAUAUCGAAAUAUUACAUUAGUUUGAAAAUGCUUAUGAUGAUUGCAAUACUAUACUUGUACUAUUUGUACACUACACAGUUUUACCCCGAGCAAAAAUAGGUAAUUCCGAUAAGCAGAAAAAAUUCAAUUCGACGAACUAUGUUUUGAUUUUCUUUCAAGAUCUCCAUGUACCGGUAUAUUUAAUUAAUAUAUUAAAGACAACAGUGGUCCGAAUUCGCCUAUUUUCUCCCUAAUAUCAUAAAAGAUCAUUAGUUAUUAAUUUUCUAAUCAGAGUGAUAUUAAUUGAAUAACAUGGAAACGAUUCAAUUAGAUAAUUUGUAAUAAGGAACGAUUGUUUAGAAUUAUAUAUGACAGGAGACAGGAAUAGGGGAGGUUAUGAUGAAGUUAACAUGUCCACAAUGUGAGUAUGACAGGGAGAUUACCCGUUCCUAGGGCUGACGUCUGUGAUAUUACAAUAAAAAAUGUUGUACUAGACCCUGCGAAUUUUCCUUCCGUUAGUAGUGUUGCAACUGGUUGUCUAAAAUCGAAGAGAAAUAGUGCAAUACCUGCUUGAGAUUAUCUCAGUAUUUUUGUGAAGUGUUUAUCAUGUGAUAUAUCUUGAUGUUAAGCAGUUAUUUAGUCUAUUGUCGUAGAUAUUGUUGAUCUUGACCAGUGACUGCAUGUGAUCAUUAUGAUACCUGUCAAUUAUAUGUAUAAUCUGUAUGAGAGAAGAAGUACAUUGAACGUUGGUAGUAUAACUACAUAUAAACCUGAAUCUUAGUUGUAGAAAUACUAGGAAAUCCGUAGUUAAUGUUUGUAAUAUUUGUUGACAACACUGUGAUAUGAUAACUACGACUGUAAAGAUAUAGGUUGUUGUAAUAAAAAUGUCGAGACUGAGCAUAUA